ACGAACAAGAAUUAAGAAAAGAAUAUAAAAAUUAUGCAAAUAACAAAAAUACUGAGGAAAUAAAAAAAGAAACUCAGUAUCGAAAUAUUCUUUUAAUUGGAAGAACUGGUAAUGGUAAAUCAACAUUAGCUAAUGUUCUAGUUAAUAAAGAAGGUGAGUUCGAAGAAUUUUUUAAAGAGGGUCAUGGUAGUGCCAGUGAGACAAGAAAAAUAAGUGAUAAAGUUUUUGAGGUGGAUGGAGUAAAAUAUCGGAUAAUUGAUACUCCUGGACUUGGUGAUACGAAAUUAACAAAAAUUGAAACCUUACAAGAAAUAGCUAAAGUGUAUGACAAAGUUAAGGAUGGGUUAAGCCAAAUCCUGUUUGUAAACAAUGGGAAAUUUACGCCAGAGGAAAUAGAAACCUACAAUAUCCUAAAAGAAAUUCUUUUUGAUGAAAAUAUUACUAAAUAUACUACUAUUGUUCGAACUAAUUUUGAUAGUUUUGAUGAUGAAAGAAAAUGUAAAGAGGAUAUUCAGUCACUACUUUUAGAGAAUAAUAAAACAAUUACUGAAAUGAUUGAAUCAUGCAGCGAAAGAAUUACCCAUAUAAAUAAUCCGCCAAUAAAUAUUAGUGGUAAUAAUGCAAGAGUAGUGGGAGCACAAAUUAGUAUCAACAAGGAAGUUCGUGAAAUGUCUAGGGAAAAACUUCUGAAACGCUUAGUGGAAUGUGAUAAAAUCUACAAACCAGAAAGCAUCGAAAUACUAAAUAGGAUAGAAUUGAAAGAGAGACCGGUCGAUGAAACUGAUAAGGAAGAAAAAAUUUAUGGAGUUCUACCUUAUGUGGCACCGGAAGUGCUUCAAACCAAAAACGAAAUCAAGGGCAAAAAGGAUACUGAAUUUUACCGGCAAUAUCAAGAAAUCGAAGAACUAACUCCCCAGUCAAAUGUAGUUCUUGAUUACCAGGUUAACUCCCCGGCAACUUAUACCAGCCAACUUUUAGAUACUGGUGAUCUUCCUGAACCCCAAAAUAGUCAAGAAAUUAAUGACCAAUUUUAUGAAUUAUAUUCGCAAUAUGGCUUCGACUUAGAAGAAAAAGCUGAGGAUUGA